UUCUGCAAUUAGAGCUUGUCUGCUAACUGUCACGGCUUCGAAUUUCUCAAUUUUUUCAAACGCAUUGAAUGUGUUCAUGGAUCCAAUGAGCUCUCCUUACGGCGUUCCAUCGCCGUACGACCAACAAGUACCAUCGACAUCGUCAGCCACUUGUGCAAUGGCUCGUCCUAACACUCCACAGACCCCAUAUGCACGAUCCGCGUACAAUUCCGCGCAUGCGUCACCGUUCCGUCCGGCAAACGCUGCUGACGCGGUGCGCUUACGUGAAACUUGUGCUCGAAAUGCGCAGACGGCACAAUGGAUGGACAGUCAGUACCUGGCCGGUGUAUCGGGGUAUCAUGGCAGUGGGGCGCAAUCCGGUCCAUGCUCAGUGAUGUCGGCGGCAAGUGGCGGUAUGUCGGUGAUGUCGGGAAUGUCACAGAUGUCUUUGGGAAACAUGAGUCAGCUCAGUAUCUGUACACAGCUGACUGAAGCCCACUAUGCACAAGUUCCCCAUUACCAACCCACAUCGGGAGCAUCAAGUGUGGAAAACAUCGAUCCCAGCAACAUCUAUGAAAUUAACCGACAAGUGAACACCCUGAUUGUGAGCUUAAGGCACGAUGACCCGGAAGUAAGGCGAAAAGCGGCGAACUCGGUUCAAGGCAUGGCUCGACAGCGAUUAUUGGCAAUGGUGACGAACCAGGCUACACUGCGAGAACUGAUUUGUUAUUUUCUGCAGUUUGUUCUGGAACAUACUAUAGAACAAAACAUCACCCAGCUAAUGCAGUCGAUUUUCAACAUCCUCAACUGUCGCACAUGUUUUGUUGUGAUGCAAGAUCGAUACAUUCAGCAGAUUCUAGUUCAUAUCAUAGCCAAAUAUCUAAUGCCUGAUCAUCCCUUCACUGCAUGGACCGUCAUAGCAUUCACUGCCAUUUUGCGGAAGAAAGAUUUGAGAGCUUUUCGGAGAAUGUGCAGAAACGAGUACUUUGUGCGACAGCUUAUGAUCAUUCUUGGUUCCAACUCAUCAUCCCACAAAUCGCUCAUAAUCGAUUCUAUUCGCAUGCUUAUCACUAGGAACUUACCUUUAAAGGAUUUCUUUGUGAGGAGUAAAGGCAUGGAGAAGCUCCUUGAAUUCAUGACCAGCGAACAUGAGGAAAAAGUGCUACGAUCGAGUGCCACUACAUUGCUGACGCUGAUUUCUACAGAAUCAGCCAAAUAUGGGAUCGAGUUUGUGAGACUGGAAGGGGUUCAAAUUUUUGGAAACCUUUUAUCACAUGGGUCAACUAUGCUUCUUCACGAAUUAUUGCAUUGUUUGGCUGCUGUGGGUGAUCUGAAAGAAGCGUUGGAAACACAGGACAUCACGAGUACAAUCAUCUCGGUUCUACAGCUCAUGGGUGCGCAUGAUCCGAUCCUAGUCAACCAUGGAACUGCCUUCUUAUUGAAUGUUUCUGCAAAUAACGUUCGAAAUAAGGCAACCAUGGUAGCCGAGCGUGCUCCGGACACUUUGCUCAGUGUACUCAAUCAUCGAAACAAUUAUCUUACCAUUCCUCUACCAAAUGUUCGACAGCUGAUCGUGUCCAUAACUGAUAACGUUCUCAUCUGUCUCGCCAAUCUCACUAGGAAUCAGGACGAGUGUGGAAGGAAUGCGUGUAUUCAGAUCGCCAGAAAAUCCGACUCAGCAAAAACUCUGCUGAACGUGCUAGCAAGCGGAAGUGUAGAAUGCCAAAUUCGAGCAUUAAUGGUCAUUUUUAAUACGUGUCUUUGUGUAUCCGAAUACAAGCUGUUCUUCGUUGACACUGUAGACGACUAUAAUCAGUCAAAUCUCGUCACAUUUGUACUUCGCAUUCUAUGGAACAACUUUGCUCAAUUUAAUAAUUUUUCGGACGCGGAAAGGACUCACCGUCGGAAACAAAUCGACAGAGUUCUACGAUUACUGGCUACACUUUCCAAAAGCGAAGAACUCCUAGAACAGAUUGCAACAAUCUUCAGAGAGCACAAUCCGCUACCACUACUGCGACCGUUUCGCAACAACGACUUCAGUGCGCAUAGAGAUUUUCUAGAGUUUUUAGAUGCAAUGACCAGUGAUCCGAAAAGAUUUCCACUCGUUCAUAAAUGGCUGUCUACCGCAGAUUCUCAACAGAUCAUGCACUACUACUGCCAGUUUCAAGUCGAUCCUAAACUAAUGACCCAUGCUCGAAACAUUGCCAGUCGCCUGCAUCAGCCGCCGAAAGUUGAGGAUAUGCAGACAUAAUCCAAAGUACAACAUUGUGUUUUCUAGUAUAUCUCAGUCUUUUUGUGUAGAAUCCCUUCUUGUUCCCUACUUGCUCCAUCUGUUGGCUAUUAAUCGAAGGUACAAUUUUGUCUCAAGCUUUACGGGUGCACUUUCGACUCACUUUUCUGUCUUCUGUUUUUUCUCUUACGUUUUGUACAUAUAUUCAGUAUUCCAAGUUCAUUCCAUGUUAUGUUUUCACUAUCCACUUGGUCAGGUUGCCUUGCUCAGAGCACCGCGGUAUCUCGAAUUCUUUGAAAUCCAGCACAGAGCUCCGCAAGCGGAUAUAUACCGGCAUAACACUUUACAGAUUCUUCUCUUUAUUUGCAUCAUGUCAAGAAGC